UUCAGCAUAUGGUGGAGGGAGCGCUCAAGAUGGUCUCCAUGCUCAACUUCAUGAAGGUGGAGCUUGGCGAUCACAAGACACUGCGAUCCAAGGAGCAAUGGCGGGCAGCCGGUGCCGAGUUCCUUGGAACUUUACUCUUCGUCUACCUUGGCUGUGGCUCAGUCAUUGCUUCAGAAAUACAUUGCAGGAAUGCUUGGUCCGGGAAUGACCGCUGCACGGCUGGUAGCCAUAGCUUUGGGACACGGUCUUGCGAUUGCUUUUCUAGCCGGUGCCACGGGAGCUAUAUCAGGUGGUCACUUAAAUCCAGCAGUGACUUUGGCGUUCGUGGUUGCUGGCAAAGAAACACUUCUUCGAGCCGGAUUAUAUCAAUCCUGAGAUGGUCCACGCCGGGGCCUUGGGUCGGCGCUCUCGGAGCUCAUGAUCUCUCCAACGGUGUUUAUCCGGGCCAAGGAUUUAUCAUGGAGUUCAUGCUAACUUUUGUGCUUGUCUUUGUCAUUUUUGGAGUGGCUGUGGAUCGACGAGGACCUGGUGUGAUUGCUCCUUUGCCGAUUGGUUUUGCUGUUCUAGUGGAUCACCUGGUUGGAGUUCCAUUCACGGGUGCAUCAAUGAACCCCGCCAGAAGUUUUGGACCAGCUGUGGUUUCGGGUGCAUGGUCGGCUUCGUUUUGGAUUUAUUGGUUUGGACCUUGCUUUGGAGCAGCAGCUGCAUCUGCUCUAUACAAGUAA